AUGUAAGUAUUAGCUCCAUUUUAUAUAAGUUCUACAUCGAGCAUCUUAUUUACAACCAAAAGAACAUUUAGAAUCGUAUAAAUUAAAUUAUAAUAUAUCCCAAUUUCUAUAUUAAGAUUGUCAGUUAUUUCAUUGAGAGAAAGGAGUUGGUUUUGAGGCUUUAAACAAGUAUUAUAUGCAAUGCAUAUUCUUUUGGACUUCACUUUGAAAAGCUUACAAGUCGNCUGCCUUUGGGUUAAUGGAUCAUAUUAUGAUUAUGACAGAUGUGAAGAUGCUAUAAAAAGACACAUCCAGAAUGUUAAGCAUUCUCACCAUUAUGCACAACCAAUGGAGAUACAUGUAUUUCAAUUACUAAUUGAGCCAGCACAACAUUAAAGGCUUCAUGUGUUUAGGAACUGAUGGAGCUUGUGGAUGGUUACCAACUGGAAAAUGUUAGAAGUUAGGAUAAUGCACAGAUGCUGUUGCUGCUACCAAUGAUGAAUGUCUCUCAUAUGGACAAACAUGUAUUACUAAUGGAACUGCUUGUAUUGCCAAAGCCACUUGUGCUACCUACAAGACAUAAACAGCUUGCAAUAACCUUUGAACAGAUGGUAUCUGUUAUUGGAAUGCCACAGCUAAUACUUGUAAGUUAAAGGAAUGCAGAGAUGAGUAAAAGGGUACAAAUGACUAAUGUAAACUUAUUUCUGUGACAGGAGGUGGAUCAUGCAUAACUGAUGGAUCCAAAUGUAUUCCAUUGUCAACUUGCUCAAGCUAUGUUGAAGUUGGAUGUUUCACAGGAACUGAUGGAGAAUGCAUUUUUGCAUUACCAAUUGGAACCACAACAGGAACUAGGACUUAUAGAUUAAAGUAAUGUGAAGAUAUCACUGGAGGAAUAUCAGAUGCUAAUUGUAUGGGUAUUAUUUCUGGAAAGGCUGUUGUGUCCAAUGGAACAAGUUGCAUCGCUAAGGCUGCUUGCUCAACAUAUAAGACGAUAUCAUCUUGUAAUGGAGGUGGCUUAGAAAAUAAUAAAUCAACUGUUUGUGCUUUCACUCCUACAGGAACUGAUAAGGAUAAUGGAACAUGCAAGACUUUUUCAGCAUGUGCUGAUGCUAGCAUAGAUAAAUUGGCUUGCACAACCAAUCCAUCAUGCAAAUGGACUGAAAACUCAACAGGAACAUCUUGUGCUAGUCAUACAUGUGAUACCUUUGCCACAGGAACUAAUUAUCAACCAAUUCCAAGUUUCGAUGGAGCCUCAUCCACUGUUUGUGUUCUUUAAAGCGGAAAAUGCGCUGCUGCUGACCCAGGAACCAUGACUGAUCCCAAGAUUUGCUACACUAAAUCAGCAUACACUUAUAAUUUGAACGCCCUUUCUAAUAAAUGCGAAAGUUGUAUUGCAGGAUCUGUCACUCCAAAUAAUUCAAACGGUACUAACAAUGGAACAGAUAAUGGAACAACUACCACGGAUAGUGCUUACGUCUUGUCAGUUAUUUCACUAGGUCUUUUAGGAUUAAUGGCAUGA